GAUACCGUUCAAGAUCGGGCAGCCCAAGAAACAGAUUGUACCCAAGACAGUGGAGAGAGACUUUGAAAGGGAAUAUGGAAAGCUUCAGCAAUUGGAAGAUCAGACCAAAAAACUUCAGAAGGAUAUGAAGAAAAGCACAGAUGCAGACUUGGCCAUGUCCAAAUCGGCUGUCAAAAUCUCUUCGGACCUGCUGUCUAACCCCCUGUGCGAACAGGAGCCUGGCUUUCUGGAGAUGGUCACGGCCUUCGACACAGCGAUGAAGAGGAUGGACUCUUUCAACCAGGAGAAGGUGAAUCAGAUCCAAAAGACAGUCAUAGAGCCUUUGAAAAAGUGCACCAGUGUCUUCCCCAGCCUGAACAUGGCAGUGAAGAGACGGGAGCAAACGCUGCAGGACUACAAGCGCCUGCAGUCCAAGGUGGAGAAAUACGAGGAGAAGGAGAGGACCGGCCCCGUCCUCGCCAAGCUACACCAGGCCCGUGAAGAGCUGAGGCCAGUGAAGGAGGACUUUGAAGCCAAAAACAAGCAGCUCCUGGAGGAAAUGCCGAAGUUUUAUAGCAGCCGCAUCGAUUACUUCAAACCCAGCUUUGAGUCACUGGUCCGGGCGCAG